GUGGACUGUCUAUCUUGUUCUUCCGUAUGUCGCCACCUCGAAGUCCCGCGACUGCGAAUUGUUGCGACAUAUUUUUUCACCUCUAAACGUUGCUUCUUUCUCGCCACUCGAAAACCUAGGCUGCGCUCUGGCAACGAAAUCCAACCACCAUGUCUACCUCUCGUUACGACCUUCGCUCAAGUAACAUCAACCGGGAACUCGGCUCUGCACCAUACAUUCCCGGCGCCCUUCCCGCCACUCCUAUCAGUUAUGAGUCCCCAUUGACGGUACAAGAUGACCCCUGCCGCGAUGUAAUCCAGGAGAGUAUCCAUAGGGACCCUCUGAGGAGAUGCUUCAUGGAAACUUACCCCACCGUGUUUCAAGUGGGCCUGAGAUUGACCCCGAAAACGAUGGGUCCGGCGGUGACGACCGCCAGGAAAACUAAGGUUAGUGUGGUUGAAGAGUUCAAAUUGAACCAAGGGCAAGAGAGCCUGAUGCGCGAGGCUGAGCGUCGCGUAACGAAUGACGGCGAGCGUGAACGAAUCACUGUAAGCGACAGGCGGCCAGGCCCGCAGUGCUGGACUCACUCAGGGACCCUGAGAGGUUUGAAUCCUGAGAAUCGGUCGAGGGACCUUCAAAAGGCCACGGACUCCAGAGAAUGGAGUGGCGCUGGCUUGGAGGAUGGAGACAUUGAUGGGAGACCCAGCGUGCGGCCCUUGCAUGAAUCUUACAAAGCAGCGAAGUCAACCGCCGAGAAGUCAAUUCGCGAUCCAUGA